AUGUCGUACGACGAUGUGGAGAUCGAAGAUAUGGAGUGGAACAAUGAGCUCCAGGCGUACACAUACCCCUGUCCAUGCGGGGACUUGUUUCAGAUCACCAAGGAGGACCUGAAGUUGGGCGAAGAGAUCGCUCGGUGCCCUAGUUGCUCCCUCUACAUCACCGUGGUUUACAACGUCGAAGAUUUCUUAGAUAAGAAAAGUAACAAACCCAUCGAGCCCUCUAAGCAGCAACCCAUUACUGUCGCUUAA